GGCUGACUGAAAGGCCCUAGAAAGUAAAAGAGGCUGGGAGUCGCCCCCUCCCUGCUUCUCACAGCUCUGGGAGCCCAGCAUAAGUGUUUUUUUUUUCUCUUAAUGAACAAGUAAACCACACAGAUUGUCAACAUGGGACGGAGAUCUACAUCAUCCACCAAGAGUGGAAAAUUCAUGAACCCUACAGACCAAGCUCGAAAGGAAGCCCGGAAAAGAAAUGCUCAGCAUGUGGAAGUGGAGAGUAUUCCUUUGCCAGAUAUGCCACAUGCUCCUUCCAACAUUUUGAUCCAGGACAUUCCACUUCCUGGUGCCCAACCACCCUCCAUCCUUAAGAAAACCUCAGCCUAUGGACCUCCAACUCGGGCAGUUUCUAUCCUUCCUCUUCUUGGACAUGGUGUUCCACGUUUGCCCCCAGGCAGAAAACCACCUGGCCCUCCCCCUGGUCCACCUCCUCCUCAAGUUUUGCAGAUGUAUGGCCGUAAAGUGGGCUUUGCCCUAGAUCUUCCUUCUCGUAGGCGAGAUGAAGACAUGUUAUAUAGUCCUGAACUUGCUCAGCGGGGUCAUGAUGAUGAUGUUUCCAGCACCAGUGAAGAUGACGGCUAUCCUGAGGACAUGGAUCAAGAUAAGCAUGAUGACAGUACUGACGACAGUGACACUGACAGAUCAGAUGGAGAAAGCGAGGGGGAUGAAUUUGUACACCGUGAUGAGAAUGAAAAAUUUAACCCAGUGCAACAGCCACAGUUAAAUGAGAAAGUACUGAAAGACAAGCGUAAAAAGCUGCGUGAAACCUUUGAACGUAUUCUACGACUCUAUGAAAAAGAGAAUCCGGAUAUUUACAAAGAACUGAGAAAGCUAGAAGUAGAAUAUGAACAGAAGAGGGCUCAACUUAGCCAGUAUUUUGAUGCUGUCAAGGUAAUCAAGUUUCUUUUGAGAGAAACUAAAGUGUUGUACAGAUUGAGAGCUCCUCCAUUCCUGAGACCACCUGGAAUGCCAGGACUCCGAGGGCCUUUACCCCGACUUUUACCUCCGGGACCACCACCAGGCCGACCCCCUGGCCCUCCCCCAGGUCCACCUCCAGGUCUGCCUCCUGGCCCUCCUCCUCGGGGACCUCCACCAAGGCUACCUCCCCCUGCACCUCCAGGUAUCCCUCCACCCCGUCCCGGCAUGAUGCGCCCACCUUUGGUGCCUCCACUUGGACCUGCCCCCCCUGGGCUUUUCCCACCAGCUCCCUUGCCGAACCCUGGGGUUUUAAGUGCCCCGCCCAACUUGAUUCAGCGACCCAAGGCAGAUGAUACAAGUGCAGCCACCAUUGAGAAGAAAGCCACAGCAACCAUCAGUGCCAAGCCACAGAUCACUAAUCCCAAGGCAGAGAUUACUCGAUUUGUGCCCACUGCACUGAGAGUACGUCGGGAGAAUAAAGGGGCUACCGCUGCUCCCCAAAGAAAGUCGGAGGAUGAUUCUGCUGUACCUCUUGCCAAAGCAGCCCCCAAAUCUGGUCCUUCUGUUCCUGUCUCAGUACAAACUAAGGAUGAUGUGUAUGAAGCUUUCAUGAAAGAGAUGGAAGGGCUACUGUGACAGAUUUUGAUGCCAGAACA